UCCGGCUACCUAUUGCGUUUUUUGUUUGACAAACAGAUUUUGGUUGGUUGUCUUGUAUGUUUCGCGGUAAAAACUGAAUACAAUACAAUACCUACUUAUAGUUUAGAAUUAUUCAGAAAAUUUUCAUAUAGUAUCAUCAAAAUAAAUUGUUUAUUCCAAACCUUCAUACAUCUAAAGUCUGUUCAAAUCGUGAGCUGAUUUUGCUCUUCACAAUGGAUCACAAGCUAUCCGAAGGUUCCCUCGAGAUUAUAAUGACUGGCGGCCAUUAUGAUAAACCUAUCAUGCAAGUGCUGGGUAGUAAGAAAAUACAAGGCAGCGGUGCGAAUGAAAGAUUCAGGCUGUUGGUGUCUGAUGGAAAGCACUCUCACAGUUUUGCCAUGCUUGCUACACAACUCAAUGACAAACUGAUUACAGGAGAACUUUGUGACUAUUCUGUGGUGCAAAUUGACCGCUUUGUUACAUCUUUGUUGAAAAACACUGGUAAAGGAGAGAAACGUGUUAUGAUAAUACUAGAUGUCACAAUCCUUGCUCCUGGCCAAAAAGUGGGCAAAAAGUUAGGGAACCCACAAACCUGGUCAGAAGAAACUGCUUCAGCCCCAGCUCCGUCCGCUAUGCAACAUGUCCCGGCACCAAGUCCUGCCAAACCUGUGCAGAUUCCUCGCCCUGCACCAUCUGCAGGACUUGACACCAGUAUCUUGUCUUCACAAAUGACACAUCCUAUUGCUAGUUUAAGUCCAUAUCAAAAUAAAUGGGUGAUCAAGGCACGAGUAAUGAACAAGUCUGCAAUCAGAACAUGGAGCAAUGCAAGAGGUGAAGGGAAACUGUUCAGUAUGGACCUCUGUGAUGAGAGCGGGGAGAUCAGGGCUACGGCUUUCAAGGCAGAGUGUGACAAGUUCUAUGAUAUGAUACAGGUGGACAAAGUCUACUACAUCAGCCAGUGCACACUGAAGACAGCAAACAAACAGUUCACAAGCCUGAAGAAUGACUACGAGAUGACAUUCAAUAGCAACACUGUGGUCGUGGAGUGCCAGGAAGAUGCCGGCUCUGUGCCAUGCGUCAAAUACGAUUUCGUUCCUAUCAAUGAGAUUGCUGAGAAGAAUCCUGAUUCUUUAUUGGAUGUAAUUGGAGUUUGCAAAUUUGCUGCGGAAGUUCAAGAGCUAACAGCUAAGAGCACAGGAAAAUUACUCAAGAAGAGAGAAGUGACGCUCGUGGACAAUUCGGGAGGCGCGGUUGUACUAACACUCUGGGGAACUGAUGCUGAAAAUUUUGAUGGAAGUACUAAUCCAGUAGUGGCAGCAAAGGGCGCCCGUGUAACGGAGUUCAACGGCAGCAAGUCGCUGUCGUGCCUGUCGAGCACCAUGCUGCGGCUGAGCCCCGACCUGGCGGCGGCGCACCGCCUGCGCGGCUGGUACGACCACGGCGGCGCCGACAUGGAGGUCGUCAACAUCUCUGCCAAAACCGGAGCAUACGGUGGAGGCAGCAACGAAUGGCUGACAUUCGCAGAAACUGAAGCCAGACAACUGGGCUCCGGAGACAAGGGAGACUACUACAACUUGCUUGGGGUGCUGACGUUCACAUUUUCGGACAACGCUGUGUACAAGGCGUGUCCGCAGGAGCAGUGCAACAAGAAGGUCAUCGACCAGGACAACGGCUCGUACAGAUGCGAGAAGUGUAAUCGGGAGUACCCUAAUUAUAAACAUAGGAUGUUGUUGGCUGCUAAUGUAUCGGACCCGACGGGCGACCAACGCGUGACAGCGUUCAAUGAGACAGCCGAGGCGAUGCUCGGGAAGACGUCGGCUGAAAUCGGACAGAUGUUCGAAUGCGACAAGAAUGCGUACGCGCAACUCUUCGAGGAGGUCAAAUUUAAGACUUUCGUCUUCAAGUUCCGAACAAAAAUGGAGACCUACAACGACGAGACCCGCCUCAAGACAGUCGUUAUGAACGCCCAGCCAAUAGACUACAAAGACGCGAACGCGAGAUUGCUCAAAAACAUCAAAACUAUAGCUGGGGUCGAAAUCUAAUUAUUAUUAUACCCUUUUAACGCCUUAAAAAAUCCACUUAUAAGGAUUUUUGUUUUUAUUUGUGGUACCAAGUACAUGUGAAGAUUUCUACUUAAAACAAUAAUGCCUAAUGUUUUAAAAUUAAGUUUUAGUUUUUAUUUAUUUUUUCAAUUUGAAUAAUAAUUUUGUGGAACAAUCAUUGUCUCAUUUGAAUUAAAUUUUUUUAUUCGUAAUUAUGGAAUAUUUAUGUUUGAAAAGUAUGUAACUAGUGUCUUAUUUCAUUCUAUUCUACAUUGAACCUGUGAUUAAAAUAUUCGCUGGACGAAAUUGUUACAGUUAGUCAUUCUAAAUGCAAAGAUGUAUAUUGAAGAAGUAAAAUUAUUUUUGUAAACAUGUCUUUCACGUUAUCCUCUUAAAUUGUCAUUUUUCGCAUUUAGCAUCUAGAUCAAUCUAGCUGUCGUGACUAUUACUAUUGAGACUUACAGUUCCUUGCAGAACCCUUCUUAGGGUUGAAUUUCCUUACCGAGUGCAUUUUAUUCAUGUUUAUUGACAGGCCCGCAGAGCCGAGACCAUGUUAUAAUUAUUUUUGGUGUUUCACUUCUGUAUCUCUGGACUUCGAUAUGUGAACAAUUAAAGACAUUUAUAUUCA